AUGACUGCCUCUCCAUACACCAUCCAAGCUAUAGAUCCAUUGGAGAAGAAACAAACUGCCCCUCUCCAUCCAGACCCUGAAGGUGCACAGCGCGAAGAUGCUCUAGCCUUCCUCGCCAAAAUCAAGAGCACAGAUGAUGCACAUCCCAUGCACUGGGUCUGGUACAAGAAGUGGUUCAUUGUCGUCGUAUACUGCCUCCAAAUAUUUGUCACCUUGACGUCAACCACCUAUGUGUCGGUUGAAUUUAUUAUCAUGGAAAAAUGGACCUCGUCGCAGCAAGUCGCGACCCUGGGGCAGUCACUACUCAUCGUGGGCACUGUGGUUGGCCCGGUUUUCCUUGGUUCGCUGUCUGACAUUGGUGGUCGGAAAUGGGUUUAUGUCGGCUCGAUAUUCCUGUAUGCGAUAUUGAAUAUUGGCACAGCGUUGGCAGACAACUUACCGAUGCUCAUAAUAUUCUGUUUCCUCAUCGGUGUUGCUGGAUCCUCGGCCCUGAGUAACGUCGCAGGUACCAUCGCAGAUCUGUUCGGGGAUGCGGAUAAUGCAGCACAACCAAUGGCUCUAUUCGUACUGAUUGCAAAUUUUGACCCAUCUCUCGGAAGUCCUAUCGGGGAGUGGAUUGCAGAAAAUGAGAGUCUUAGCUGGAGAUGGAUUUUCUAUAUCAACAUCAUCAUCGGUGGCGUCUUCUUCGUCCUCCUUUGUUUCAUGCCAGAGACCUUGCCCAGAAUUGUUAUCAGCAACCCGGUCAAGAGCCGGGGAAACGUGGAUCGGAACACCAUCGAUAUUGCCAUGGGAUCCAGCAAGAUUUCAGUGUUGGAUGAGCUCGAAUUUGUCGCAACCGUGGCGCUGCGAAUCAUGUUCGUCGAACCUAUCGUCAUCUCGUUGGGACUGUAUAACGAGUUCGCUUAUGGGCUGCUGUUCCUCUUUCUCGACGGAGUGUUUGACGUGUUUGUGGUGAAUAAUGGCCUCAGUUACAUUGGAGCCUCGCUCACGUAUCUAAAUUUCUGUGUCGGGGUCACGGCUACAUUCUUAUUUGUGCCAGUGCAGACAUAUCUUUUCAAAAGGGAUCGCCUGAAGCACGGGCAUCUGAGGCCAGAAGCUAGAUUUCUGACCUCGCUUCUGACCAACACUGCACCUGCAGGAUCGACUUCAUACUGGUCACCCAUAGUUUCUGGAGGAGUUCUCGGAUUCUGCGACCCUCUGGUGUGGCUGGCGAUGUUGAACUAUAUCACGAACUCAUAUCCAAAUGUCGCCGCUUCGGCAAUCGCGGCAUUUUUGAUCCCGAGUUUUCUUAUUGCCGCCGGGUGCGCUCACGCUGGAGUUGCUAUGUUCACCAAUAUUAACGAGAAGUGGGCAUUUGUCACACUUGGCUUCAUCUCGAUUGGGCUUGUUGUCUUGGUAUAUGUGCUAUUCAUCCUCGGUCCAAAUCUGAGAAAGUGGAGCAAACUGGCAGAUCCUUUUGAAGGAGAAUAUUUCGAGAACAAAAAUAGAGUGGAGGUGGGGGACAUGCAAUUAUAG